CCUCCAAUUGACUCAAAUUUUUUUUGUCACACUGUGCAUUUUUUAUUUAUUGUUUUAACGUAAUAAGUGUGUAAAAAUAUUCAAAAUAUUGGUACACACAUCGGAAAACAAAGACUAAUAGUGUCGGUGCAGUAAUAAUAGUGUAAUAGAUAAUUGUUGUAAUAAAAGUGAGGUUAACAAUUGAACUCAAUGGCAUAAAUUAAUCAAAAUAUUAUGUAAACAAACUGAUCAAUAGUUUUAUAAUUUUGUAAAAAGUCGAGAUAAGAAUAAUUAUUAUUAUUUAUUUAAAAAUUUAAUCUUAAUCGUGAAUCUACAUUGUGGGGAUUAACUGAUCUCAGAGUUUAAUUAAAAAUUUUACGGACCUCAUUUCUUCAAACUCUUCGCCCCACACGCUGUUCUGGAAAAUCAAUGGCAAAACGGCUGCAGACACCGGAAGAUCUUCAACGCGCUGGAGAUAAUCCUGGUGCUGGUUGGAGAUAGUGGAGUAUCCAAAGCCUAAUGCAGCUGAUAAAAAUAUAGCAUGCCUAUUCAUCCUGCCAGUUGGAUUUGUCUGAACCAGCAGUAGUUGCCGGUCAAUACUAACGUCGCAGAUAACAUUGGUGGGGGUAAACAGGAAGUGCUAUGCCGCCGAGACAUCUACAUAUAUGUUUUAAAAGUCAUCAUACCUUUUGCUGCGCAAAUGACAUCAAACUUAUUAUUGGAUUUAUAACAUGGCAAAAAAAAAAUUUUUUUGAGUAUGGCAACACUGCGUAAUGUCAGUUGUCCCCACAAUAAUUGAACCUGUGUAUCGAUGACUUUUUUUUGUUGCCAAAUAAGGGGUAAAACAAGUAGAUACUUUCUGCUGCUGCUAAUAGGACAUAAAUUUGAAGUAAAGCCUAGCCUUAACAAAUUAAAUUAAAAAGCCUUCAUUGUUAUACAAACAAAACAUUUAUCCUUCUUGAAAAAACACUGGUUACUGCUCCAAUACCAAGCCUAAGUCUCUAGAUAAUUUUAAACAGCAUAAAAGCCGUGUUAUAAACUAAUAUAAGAUUUCGUUGGAUGUUCCGUUAUACAAUCCAAGUUACAUCACCAGACGGAAUGCCUUAUAUGUUAUUGAUAUCCUUCAUAUAUGCUGCUGAUGAAAUGUAAUCUUUAUUCCAAAAGCAUACAACAUACAAUGGGCACAUGUCAUUAAGCACGUGGAGAUUUAGGACAUUAAGAAGCGGUCGACGGCCGGUGCUAAAGUAUCAAUAUCCAAACUAGCGGGUUUUGAUGAUAUACCUAUACUGAUGAACGUCACUUGAAUUGUACGAUUUUGGAUUAAACAAGACACACUAGAUAGAUCGAAGACAGAACAAUUCGGUAUCUUGACACGCGUCAACCAAUGAAAUGUCGUUGGAGACCUGGAGUGGGAGAGCCGUUGAGGAUAAUGUCACUGCGUCGCUAAGUUGGUCUUGGAAGGGGAACUCCCUGCGUGAAACCAGCGCAAGGGCUUCAUCGCACCCGGUCAGAGAGCCGGCAGCCCUCACUGUGAGCUGCUGCCAGGGCUUCCUCGAAGUUCUACGUCGAACGUUAAUUAAAUAUCUGAAUAAAUUUUUACAGGCUAUAUCAUAUAUAUAGAUAUAUAUAUAUAUAUAUAUUGUGGCAUUAGUUUUUCUCUAUAUAUUUUAUUAGUGAUAUUGCUUCUCAUCAAGUACAUUCUAGACUAUUGUGAAUCCAGUGGAUUAAUUAAAUAUUAUAAAAGCUUUAAAACUCCAAUUUAUCAUCGACACCACACUUUAUCUACCAAUUAAACCAUUUGCUGCUGCUCUUCUUUCUGGUCAACUCAAUUUUUUUUAUCUUUUUUUUCCUUUUUUGUUCAUUGGAUGUAGUGGAUCUUCUUCAUCAACUUGCUGAUAUCUUCAACUCAUCAUCGUGUCAACGAUGGGUACGAUGGAUCCAAAGGACAAAGCGAAUGAUCAAGAAGACAAGUCAGCUGGUGCUAAUCAACCGGCAGACAGCAUGGCUACCGGCAUAACACCAACUAGUACAGCAUCAGUGACGACUGGAUUACAACAGCAUCCUCCACCCUCACCUCUCAGUGGAUGUUAUCUACUAAUCGUGCUUCCUGAACCUCAUACCGCACAACAUAAAGAACUCAUCCUCAAUCGACUUGCCAAAGGAUUUCUAUCAUGGGAUAAAGAUAGUUGUCAUGUUGAUUUAGAAAAAGAAUUACAUGCUUUGGUUGCUCAAUCACCAGAAGGAGAAGAAGCUAGAAAUGGCGAACGACUGAUUCAAUAUGCAACGGAAAAUCUUGUUACUGAGAUAUUAAUACAUCCUCAAACUAAUACUCUUCUGCAAUGUAUGCGAAAUCUUCUCGCCAGCUUCACAAAGCACCGUCACAUUAUUCAUGCUGGGUACACAUUCCAAGAAAAUGGUUCAUGGGUAUUGCAGGAUGGAACCUUCAGCUUAGCUGACUUUGUGGAUGCGUUAAGUGAGCAUGACGUGCAACGAGUGCUUCGAGCUUACGAGAAUACUGUUACUGUAGAUAUCAAUUGUGCAGGGAUAGGCGAAUGGUCUACGAAUCGUCUUACAAAAGAACCUUGCACAAGAGCUUGCCGAGUUCGAUUGAAUCCUGAUGAUGUUUUGACAUCAGGAAUACCAGCAAUUACAAAUUUUAUAAAUUACAUCGAGCAAUAUUUAGUGGCACAAACACUAGACCAGUUAAUGCAACCAUCUGAUGUGGUAGGCAAUAUUCGAUUCAGUCAUCCGACGCUCUAUGUCUUCCCUGGAGGUCAAGGUGACGCUGCACUUUUUGGUAUAAAUGGCUUCAAUAUGCUAGUGGAUGGAGGCUUUGCCAGAAAGUCAUGUUUUUGGGACUUCACAAGACAUCUAGACCGACUUGACGCUGUUUUAUUUACUCGAUUGAAUAACAGUAAUGUUGGUGGUAUGACUAGUGUCUUGCGUAAGAAAAAAGAAAUGCAUGUCUAUCCACAAAUAGGACAUUUUUUCUGUAAUUUAAUCGAACGCAAGCAUUCUAAUUCACCAGACGGCGAUAAAGACCUUGACCCUUUGAUUAUAAGCCUAACUGAUCUUGGUCAAGAGAUGAUGGUGAAUUUGAAACACAUUAACUUACGUCCACAUCCCUGCUAUCGAGACAACGAACCGAUAAAUCUUUAUCACAAAGUAGGUCACGGUACUCUAGAUAUGUAUGUACUGAGCCCAUCUAAAGACAGCCGAGAAGUACGAGAAUUUCUUGCUAAAUGGAAUGCCAGUGAUCUGAAGCUAUUCUCUGGUUCCCAAAAAAAAGACUUAAAUAAUCUAGUGUUUCCAAUACAAAAUAUGGUAUCAAUAUGUGCACUUCUAGUUUGGCAACCUGCCAAUCCUGAAGACACAAUCACGAGAAUUCUCUUCCCAGGAAGUACACCACAACAUAAGAUCUUCGAAGGCGUCGACCGAUUGAAACACCUUGAAUUUUUAAAACAUCCAACAUGUACAUCUAAAAGUAUAUCACCAACAGCAUCGUUGAUUACGUUGAAAGAGAAAUCAACUAAGCUAAAAAUAAGCCAAACUGACAAGGAAACUAAACGUGCUGAUGUUAAGAAACCAAGUCGUGAUGAAGCUGAUGUAAAGAGUGCCAAGACUCAGCCUGUGAAAAUAAAGAAAACGAGUGCCUUGGAGAAUAAAAAGAUUGAUGAAAUAAAGGAUUAUCCAAAGACAAUUAUUGAGACGAAAGAGUCCAAGAAAGUUGAUAAAGAAAUAAAGAAAGAAGUUAAAAAGGAGGUAAUUAAAGAUAAAGAACCUGAAACUAAGAAAGCUGAAGUUAAGCCUAAGGAAAAUAAGAUGGUUGUUAGCGAGCCAAAGAUUAAGAUGAAGAAGAAGGAAAAGGAAGUUAAAGAUGUUAAGGAAGCUAAGGCAGCACCAAAAAUGAAGAAGAUUGAAGUCAAGGUGGAAGAUAAGAAAGCAAAAGCACCAAUACCAAAGAAACCAGAAGUAUCGAAAGCACCAAUUCCUAAAGCAUCUAGCAAACCUGCCACCAAGCCAUCACUACCUCCUCCUAAAAGUGCUAAGGAAGCUAAUAAUCGUAAAGUUCUAGAGCAGAAGAAUAAAGAGAAAAUGAGCGCUAAGCCAAAACCAACACCACCACCACCACCAACUACAGCAGAGAAAAAACCAGUAGUUCGUCGUCCAAAACCAAUAUCUAGUCCAAGCAAAGCUCGAUUGACAGGAAGUCCUAUCAAGUCGGUCAAAAGCACUCCAACAUCAUCCAUAAAAUCUGAGAAAGAUGAUAUUGUAAGGAAAAUAAAAGCAGAAAAAGGAACGGCUGAUUCAUCAACAGUAUCAACUCCUUCAGCGAUUGAAGUUGAUUCAACGAAAUUUAUCGAUAAGUGUCUGACAGAAAGAUCCGAAGAUAUGUCACUUGAUUCUAUUGAAAGUAAAGUCCUUGCUGAUUUAAAAGAAGAACGUCAAGUUGUCGAAGAAAUUGAAGCUGUCCUACAAAAAGCUGAACGAAUCAAUGAUGCAAGAAAAGUUCAAUUAGAGGAGGAAGAUGAGACGGUUGAUAAAAAAGAAGAAGAUAUGACUGAAGAUGAUGUGACAGCAGAAAUAGAUGAGAUACCUCGUAAAUCAACGUCAAGAAAACCUAGCCAAGAACUUACUGAAGAUGAUGAAUAUUUAAUUAUUGAAAAAGAAGAGCCUUAUACUGAAGAUUCAGUACACAGUGGUGAAGCUGAACACAAACAUUUCUUGGAUACUGUGCAAUCAGAGAAAGUUCAAAAGUUGCCAGUUGAAGAGAAAGAAAAGGAUGAGACUGUUGAUGCUAAAAAGGCAUUAGCAGAGGAGGAGGAAGAGGAAGAAGAAGUUGAGGGGGAAAUUGAAGAAGAAGAUGAAGAAGAGGAGGAAGGUGAUGGUGAGGAAGAGGAAGAGCAUGAAGAUGAGUAUGAUGAGAGAGAAGAUAUUGAAGAAGUGGAGGAGGAAGAGGAAGAAGAGAGUGAAGAGAAAGAAGUUGCUGUAGAGAAGGGUAUCAUUGAAGAGCAAGAAAAAGUUGACGUUCCUGAAAAGAAGCUUCAAGAAGUCAUUGAAGAUGAUAAAAAAGUAGAAGCUAAAGAUCAAGUAGCUAUUGCUGAAUAUAAAGAACAACUUGAUGAAGAGGUGAAGGAAAUUAUUACUUCAGCGACAGAGAUUGUACAGAAAGUUGAUGAUAAAGAUGACUCUGGUAAAAAGGAUAGUGAAGAUGUCACGAAAGAAGGCUUAAGUUUAAGUCCAGAAAAAUUAGAUUCUUCUGAAAAGAAGACUACUGAUACUGAUAUUAAACCUGAAGUUGAAAAGGAACAUGUUCAAGAAAAAUUAGAAGAAUCUCAAGAGCGAAUUUCUACUAUUGAAUCUGGUGCUACAACCACAGCACCAACACUGCCUGAAGAUGAACGAAUUCCAGUUGAGGCGAUCAAACCAAUUCCUAUUGAAGGAAUAAAGCCACUUAUUAGUGAAGAGGUUAAGAAGAUUGAAAAGGUUGUUGAACCAAAAGUUAUGCCAUUACCUCCAGCUGAAAUUAGCGAAACGAAGCCAACUGCUAAACCAUUCACAGUUCGACAAACAAUUCUUCCAAGAGAUAUUGUCAAGACUCCUGAUGAGGUUGCUGAUCUGCCUGUUCAUGAGGAAGUUGAUCCAAAUCUUUAUAAAGUUGAUGAUUUCGAGAAAGACAAAGAAGGGAAAGUUGCUGAACCUAAAGAACCACCACCACCACCUCCAGCUGCUAAAGAGCAGAAAGGUGUGUUUGGCUUUUUCGGCAAAGUUGCUGAUAAAUUAGAAAAAGGAAUUGAUAAAUUAGCUCGCAAGGCUCGAAGAGAUUCUGAAAAAGAUAUUGAUGAGAAAUCAUCGAAAUCUAUAUCACCGAAAUCCAAGUCUGGAUCACCAAAAGAGAGUGUUGAACAGCUUGCAGCUGAAUUAAAAGAGAAGAUACCCGAGAAAGAUGUUGAGAUGAAGAAACCUUUAGAUAAACCUACAGAGCUUCCAAUUGAUAAUAAAAUAAAAGUAGAAACAGAUAUUAAAGAGGAAGAAGUGAAGAAAAUUGAUGAGAAACCUCAAAUGCCAAAAGCAGGUGAAAUCAGUGAAGAUGAUGUUGGAGAAGUUGAAGCCUUGUUGGAAGAAGCUUCAAAGAAAUUUAAAACUGUCAAAGACAGUUUAAGAGAUUCAUUGGAAUCACUUGAGGAUCAAAUGGCUGAAGAAGAAUUAAAACUAGCAAAAAUUGUUGCUGAAGAUGAGAUAAAAGAGAAGUUACAUGAAGUUGUUGAGAAAUUAGAAGAAAUGAAACCACAACUUGAAGAAGAACCAAUUGAUAAAGAACCAGAAAAAGUCAAAUUCAUAAUUCCUAAAGAUGAAGAAGGUGAAGAAGAAGAUGAAGAUGACAAGAAUGUCUUUGAUCAUAUGGAGAUCACUAAAAAUGUUAAAGAAGCUGUCAAAGAUGUUGGUGAAGUCCUCGCAGGAACAGCUGGUAUUAGAAUUGAUGAAAAACCAAAAGAUGUAAUUGAAAUUGUAAAAAAGGUUGCUGAGGUUCUUAAAGAAGAUGAUUUUUUAUCAGAGAAAGUUUUGUUCAAGGAAGAAGUAGAUGCUAAAGUUCCUGAAACUAAAGAAGAACAAAAAGCAUCUGCUCCAGAGAAGAAAGAUUCACCGAAAGAGACUGUUGUGGAAGAGAAAUUAUCUGCAACAGAAGCAAGUCCAGAAGAAAAAGCUGCAGAAAAGAAAGAAACUGUGCCAGAAAUGAUUCCGUCAAGAAAAGAAUCAUUACUUGAAGCAGUAGUUGAUCAGAUAGAACCAGUAGUAUCAUCGAUCGCUGAAAAAAUAGAUGCAGAAGUGAAAGAAGCAGUGGAAAAAAUACCUUCUGCUAUCAAAGAGACAUUGACAGCUGCUGUUCCUGAUGACAAAGAUGCUAAACCAUCGAUUCCUGAGAAAACAGAAUCAAUCACAGAAUUAUCUCUGGAUAAGCAAAAAUCACCAGAGCAAAAAGAGCCAAUCGUUGAAGCAAUUUUGAAGAAAGAAUCACCGAAAGUUGAAUUGAAAGAAACACCAGAGGAUAAAAAAUCAGUUGAAGAAGAUAUAAAAGAAUCGAUUUCAAGUAGAAAAGAGUCUUUGGUUGAAGUCACAUCAGAUAAAAAGCCAUCAGUUGGAGUUCUAGAUCUGAAAGAUUUAGCUGCAGAGGUGAUUGCUGACAAGAAAGAAUCUCCAGUCAUAUGUCAUGAAGAGCCAUGUGUCAAGACAGUAAUUGAUAAAGGACCUGUGACUACUCCCAAAAAAGAUGCUGACGAAGCUGAUGCUAAAGCCAUUUGUGCUGAAUUGAUGAAAGAUGAUUUAUCACCAAUUAGCAGAAAGAAACGAAGCUUGGGUGACAUUGAUGAUGGUAAAAAGGAUGUUUUGGAAGCUGGAAUAGAAGAAGUCUGUACGAAAAUUGAUGUACAUAAAGAUGAUAAAACAAUUGAUGAAGAUAUUGUGACAUCAGAAAUAACAUUUGAUCAUAAAACAUCACCUGCUGUUGCUGAAGUUGUUAUGGUAACACCUGAUUCAAUGCCACCAUCACCAAAAUUCCCUGUUCACAUACCUCAGGAGAAAGAGACUGCCGAUAAAGAAGAAAGUGAUGAUUUAAGUAAAAUCAAAGUUGAUGUGCCUAAAAAUAUUGAAGAUAUCGUUAAUAAAAAUGAGAAUAUUUAUAAAAUAAUCGAAGAAAUAAUAUUGAUUAAAAAGAUAAAAAUUACUGUUGAAAUUUUGGAAUUUAUUAUUAUAACAAAGAGAAUUCCUAGACGAGAACUUGUUCACAUUAUUGAUCAAAUAAUUGUUGAAAAAAAACUAGCACCUGAAACUGUUGUUGAUGACGUUGAUUUAUUAUCAACUGAUCAAGAUGAAAAAGAAGAAGAAGAAGAAGAAGUUGAUGAAGAAGAAAUUGAUGAAAGUAAGAAGAUUGAUGUUGAAGAUUAUAUUCACAAAAAUUAUAUUGAAAAGAAUAUUAAAAUAACGUGGCCAAUUCUAGAAGAAUUAGCAGCCAAGAAAACACUUCCAGUUCGUAUGAUGAUAGAAAUCAUUGAAGAGAUAAUAAUAAUCAAGAAGAUACCAAGAUCUAAAUUGCUCGACAUCAGUGAGGAGAAUUUGAAUAAAAUAAUCCACGAAGAGAAAGAGAAGAUGGAUAAAUCAAUUAUUGACAAGGAAGAUGAGAAAGUAAAAUUACAGCUUGAAAAUGAGCUUAAUGAUGAAUUCAUAGUGAAGGGAAAGAAAAUAAAUGCUGAUGUUAUUGAGAAUCUGUCGAAAAAUCAACGAGUCUCUAGACGAAUAAUUAUAGAAAUAAUUGAAGAAAUAAUAAUAAAAAAGAAAUUACAAAAAUCAUCAGUCGUAGAUGUUCCACUGGAUGUCUGGAAUGCUUUGAAAGCAGAAGAUGAGCCAGAUGAGGAGGAAGAAGAAGGAAAAAGUGUUGAAGAAGAUAAAUUAGUUGAAGGUUUUAUUGAUGUACCUUCAAAGGAUUCGCUGAUGAAAAUGCAGUUAGAAGAGCAAGAGAAAGAUGCAGGCAAAGGUGAAAUUGAUGAUUUUGAAGCAGUUGAGCAGGAAUAUAAGCUUGAUUCCAGUCAAGUUGAGGAAGCGAUUGAAGAUGAUAUGCAUGAUGUCGUUGAGGCUGAUGAGAAGAUGACUGAUGUAAUUAAAGUCCAAAAGUCUGAGACAAUUUCGAAGGUUGUUUCUGAAGAUAAAAAAUUGAAACCAGAUGAAAAAGAUGAAGUCUCAACUGUUAAGCGUAUGGUGGUGACAGCGACGAGUGAAGAUGGAGGUGAAGAAACGGAAAUUUGUCCAACAGGUUCUAUAACAUUCAGCAAGACAAUUACUCCUGAUGAUUCAUUGAAAGGUUCACCGGUGAAGACAACUCCUGAUAAGGAUUCUCUCAUCUCACCAAUUAGCAGUCCUGAAAAAGACAGUAUUUCUGAUAAGACAAAGGCUAAAGAUGGUAAAGUUACGCCAGAUAGUCUGGAGAAGUCUUUAGAUGGAAAAGUGAUUGUGGAGGAGGCUAAAUCUGUCAGUGUAUUGCCAACAGUGGAAGAUAAAAAAGAACUUGAUGAAGCUAAAGAGUUGAAAGAAGAAAAAACUGCAGAAGUUCAAGACAAAAAGGAAGAAUUACCAGUUAAAGUUGAAACUAAAGUUGAUGAAGCUCAUAAAGAAGAUGUUAAAGUACCAAGUCCUCAAGCAGAAAAGCAAGAAAAAAUUUCUCCAAUUGAGAAAGAAGAUGUUAAGGAUAAGGCUGAUGAAAAAGCUGAGGAAAGUCCUGAUGAUAAGACAUCGAUUUCACCUAUGCCAUCAUCUCCUAGCAGGAAGGAAAGUCUAGUAUCAGCUAAAAUUGAUGAAGCUAUUGAAAAAAUUGAUCAACUUACCACAGAGAGUGUAAAGGAAUCUGAUGCUAAAGCACCAGCUGUUUCAUUACCAGUUUCUAUGGAAGAGAAAUCACUUGAAAAAGUAGCAACUGAUGUGAAAGAAAUGAAAAAAGAUGAGAAGGAAGAGAAAAUUGAGGAUAUUAAGACCGCCAUGUCACCUGUAGAGACGUCAUUGACUCGAAAAGAAAGUUCAGUAAUUGAAAAAGAGGAUAAAGAUGAGAAGGCUGGAGAAAGUAUUGAUACUGAAAAAGGAGAUGAAAAACAUCCUACUACUCUACCAAUUCGAAAAGAAAGUUUGAUUAAAGAAACGGAUGACAAAAAAGAUGGUUCAGUUGUUGAUAAAGAUGAGAAAGCUGAUAGUGAUAAAUCGUCAAUUUCUCCUGCUCCAUUGUCACCGAUUAGAAAAGACAGUGUAAUUACUGACAAAGCUGAUGAAAAAGGAAGCCCUGGUAAAGGUGAUAAAUUGUCAACAUCACCGAAAGAUACAACUCCAGAUGAUAAGAAAGGGUCAACUGCACAUGAAGAUGAAAAAGCUGAAAGUAUUAAAUCAUCAUCUCCAGCGGCAAUGUCACCAUCAAGGAAAGAAAGUCUAGCUAUAGAUAAAGUUGAUGAAAAAGCUGAUAGUAUUAAAUCAUCAACGUCUCCUGCUCCAUCAUCUCCAACGAGGAAAGAGAGCUUGAUUAUUGAGAAGGUUGAUGAAAAGGCUGAUGGUGUAAAAUCAUCAACGUCACCAGCACCAACAUCACCAGUAAGAAAAGAAAGUUCAGUCAUUGAUAAAGAUGAGAAGGUUGACAGUGUGAAAUCAUCAUCACCUGCUGCACUUUCGCCAGUGAGAAAAGAAAGUUUAAUUACAGAGAAAGCUGAUGAUAAGGCUGAAAGCGUUAAAUCAUCAGCAUCUCCAGUUUCAACUUCACCAACAAAGAAAGAGGGUUCAGUUGUUGAUAAAGAUGAGAGUGUCAAAUCGUCAAUCUCACCUAUUUCGUUGUCUCCUACAAGAAGAGAGAGUUUGGUGACUGAAAAAGCUGAUAGCGUUAAAUCAGCAACAUCUCCUGCUCCAUCAUCUCCAACGAGGGAAGAGAGCUUGAUUAUUGAGAAGGUUGAUGAAAAGGCUGAUAGUGUAAAAUCAUCAACGUCACCAGCACCAACAUCACCGGUAAAAAAAGAAAGUCCAGUUCUUGAUAAAGAUGAAAAAGCUGAGAGCAUAAAAUCCACGACGUCACCUGCUCCAUCGUCACCUACGAGGAAAGAAAGCUUGGCGAUUGAUAAAGGUGAUGAAAAAGCUGAAAGCAUUAAAUCAUCAACAUCUCCAGUAGCUUUGUCGCCUACAAGGAAAGAAAGUCUAACUCUUGAUCAGGCAAGUGAGAAGGCUGAUAGUAUAAAAUCAUCUACAUCUCCAGCACCAACAUCUCCUAUUAGAAAAGAAAGCUUGAUUCCCGAAAAAGCUGAUGAGAAGGCUGAAAGUGUUAAAUCAUCUACGUCUCCAGCUCCUUUAUCGCCAAUUAGAAAAGAAAGUCUGGUUGCUGACAAAAAAGAAAAAGCUGAGAGCAUAAAAUCAACUUCACCAGCUCCAUCAUCACCGACACGAAAAGAAAGCUUAGCCAUCGAUAAAAUUGAUGAGAAGGCUGAUAGUAUUAAAUCAUCUACGUCUCCUGCACCAACAUCUCCUAUUAGAAAAGAAAGCUUGAUUCCCGAAAAAGCUGAUGAGAAGGCUGAAAGUGUUAAAUCAUCUACGUCUCCAGCUCCUUUAUCGCCAAUUAGAAAAGAAAGUCUGGUUGCUGACAAAAAAGAAAAAGCUGAGAGCAUAAAAUCAACUUCACCAGCUCCAUCAUCACCGACACGAAAAGAAAGCUUAGCCAUCGAUAAAAUUGAUGAGAAGGCUGAUAGUAUUAAAUCAUCUACGUCUCCUGCACCAACAUCUCCUAUUAGAAAAGAAAGCUUGAUCCCUGAAAAAGCUGAUGAGAAAGCUGAAAGCGUUAAAUCAUCAACGUCACCAGCACCUACAUCGCCUGUAAGAGAAGAGAGUUCUGCUGUUGAUAAGGACGAAAAAGCUGAGAGCAUAAAAUCAGGCUCACCAGCUGCACUAUCUCCAGUGAAGAAAGAAAGCUUGAUUACUGAUAAAGCUGAUGAAAAGAUCGAGAGUAUAAAAACAUCAGCAUCACCUGCUUCAGUUUCACCAACGAGGAAAGAGAGUUUGGUCACUGACAAAGCCGAUUCUGUACAAUUAUCAACAUCUCCUGCGUCUAUAUCACCUGUUGGAAAAGAAAGCUCAAUUGUUGAUGAAAAAGCUGACAGUGUAAAAUCAUCAACGUCACCAGCUGUACUAUCUCCAGUUAGGAAAGAAAGCUCAGUUGUAGAUAAAGAUGAAAAAGCAGAAAGCAUAAAAUCAACAUCUCCAGCACCAACAUCACCAAUCAGAAAAGAGAGCUUAGCUGUUGAUGAAAAGGCUGACAGUGUAAAAUCAUCGACUUCUCCAGCACCCACAUCACCAAUCAGAAAAGAGAGUUUAAUUGUUGAUGAAAAGGCUGACAGUAUAAAAUCAUCGAUUUCUCCAGCACCAACAUCACCUGUAAGAAAAGAGAGUUUAAUUGUUGAUGAAAAGGCUGACAGUAUAAAAUCAGCAACAUCACCUGCUCCAUCGUCACCGACGAGAAAAGAGAGUCUAGCUAUUGAUAAAGCUGAUGAAAAAGCUGACAGUAUUAAAUCAUCAACAUCUCCAGCACCAACAUCACCAAUCAGAAAAGAAAGUCUGGUUGCUGACAAAGAAGAAAAAGCUGAGAGCAUAAAAUCUACAACAUCUCCAACAUUGUUGUCACCAACAAGAGAAGACAGCCUUGCUGCUUCAAAAUUGGAAGAACCUGUAAAAUCUCCUGGUGAAGUAGAAAAAGUCGUGCCUACCAAGCCUCCAGCUACUGCCACUUCUCCAGAAAUGACAUUACCAAUCCGCAAAGAAAGUACUCCAGAUCUCAAAGAAGUUACCGCUGAAGUGAAGUCUGUGACAGCAGACGCUCCAUUAUCUGCUAGGAAAGAGAGCCUGGUAACUGAUAAAGAAGACAAAGCUGAAAGUAUACAAUCUUCAAUUCUACCUACUGCCAUUACUCCGAGUGAUCCCGACACUGUGGGACAAUUAGAUGAAAUAAAAAGUACAAAAUCACCUUCAUCAAUACCAUCACCAAGUCGAAAAGAAAGCUUGAUUGUUGACAAGGAAGAUAAGGCCGACAGCAUUAAAUUUAUUUCUCCAAUUGAUGUAUCACCUGAUCAUAAAAAGCGUCCAGAAGAAGAUGCCAAAGCUGAAAGCGUUAAAUCUUCUGUAUCUCCAUCAGCUACGACACCAAGUAGAAAAGAAAGUUUGGUUACUUCACAAGAAGUUACGACAGAAAGCUUAAAAACCUCGACUUCACCAACUGCCGUUAUUCCAGGUCCAAAAGAAGGUCAUGUUGAUCAUAAAGAAGCAACUGAAAGUACUACCAUAUCCUCAUUACCAGCAUUAUCUAGUCGCAAGGAGAGUUUGGUGAUUGAAAAGGAUGACAACGUCAAAUCAUCAACGUCACCAGAUACGUCAUUAAGUCCAAAAGAAGUUGUUGAUGAGAAAGAUGAUAAAUUUGAAGAUGCUAAAUCUUCAAUAUCACCAGUAUCAACAUCCAGGAAGGAUAGUCUAGUUAUUGAGAAAAAAGACAAAGCUGAGAGUGUUAAAUCAUCGAUAUCACCAGCUCCAUCGUCACCAGAAAGGAAAGAAAGUCUUACUAUUGAAAAAGCUGAAAGUGUAAAGUCUACGACAUCACCAGCACCGAUGUCACCUACGAGAAAAGAGAGUCUAGCUAUUGAUAAAGCUGAUGAAAAAGCUGACAGUAUUAAAUCAUCAACAUCUCCAGCACCAACAUCACCUGUAGGAAAAGAAAGUUCAGUUAUUGAUAAGGAUGAGAAGGCUGAAGGCAUUAAAUCAACAUCACCUGCUCCAUCAUCACCAAUCAGAAAAGAGAGCUUAGCUGUUGAUGAAAAGGCUGAUAGUGUAAAAUCAUCGACUUCUCCAGCACCCACAUCACCAAUCAGAAAAGAGAGUUUAAUUGUUGAUGAAAAGGCUGACAGUAUAAAAUCAUCGACUUCUCCAGCACCAACAUCACCUGUAAGAAAAGAGAGUUUAAUUGUUGAUAAGGAUGAGAAGGCUGAGAGUAUAAAAUCCACAACAUCACCCACUCCAUCGUCACCUACGAGGAAAGAAAGCUUAGCUGUUGAAGAAAAGGCUGAUAGCAUUAAAUCAUCUACGUCUCCUGCACCUACAUCUCCUAUUCGAAAAGAAAGCUUGAUUCCUGAAAAAGCUGAUGAGAAAGCUGAAAGUGUUAAAUCAUCUACGUCUCCAGCUCCUUUAUCGCCAAUUAGAAAAGAAAGUCUGGUUGCUGACAAAGAAGAAAAAGCUGAGAGCAUAAAAUCCACAACGUCACCUGCUCCAUCGUCACCUACGAGGAAAGAAAGCUUGGCGAUUGAUAAAGGUGAUGAAAAAGCUGAAAGCAUUAAAUCAUCAACAUCUCCAGUAGCUUUGUCGCCUACUAGGAAAGAAAGUUUGGUGACUGAUAAAGCGGAUAGCAUCAAGUCAUCGACCUCACCUGCUCCGUCAUCACCUAUGAGAAAAGAUAGUUUGGUUAUUGAAAAAGUUGAAGACAAAGCUGACAGUGUUAAAUCGUCGUCACCUGCAGCAUUAUCGCCAAUAAGGAAAGAAAGUUUGGUCACAGACAAAGCUGAUGAAAAGGCUGAAAGUAUUAAAUCAUCAACGUCUCCUGCUCCAUCAUCUCCAACAAGGAAAGAGAGUUUGGUAGCUGAUAAAGCUGAUAGCGUUAAAUCAGCAACAUCUCCUGCUCCCUUAUCACCGGUAAAAAAAGAAAGUCCAGUUCUUGAUAAAGAUGAAAAAGCUGAGAGCAUAAAAUCCACGACGUCACCUGCUCUAUCAUCACCGACGAGGAAAGAGAGUCUAACUCUCGAUAAGGCUAGUGAAAAAGCUGAUAGCGUAAAAUCAUCUACGUCUCCAGCACCAACAUCUCCUAUUAGAAAAGACAGUUUAAUUGCUGACAAAGAAGAAAAAGCUGAGAGCAUAAAAUCCACAACAUCACCUGCUCCAUUAUCUCCAAUUAGGAAGCAAAGUCUGAUCAUUGAGAAAGCUGGUGAAAAAGCUGAAAGCAUGAAACCAUCAGCAUCUCCAAUUACUACUUCGCCAACGAGAAUAGAAAGUUUAAGUACAGAUAAAGAUGAAAAGGCUGAGAGUGUCAAAUCGUCUGUAUCUCCAGCACCUUCAUCAACAAUAAGAAAAGAAAGUUUGACCAUCGAAAAAUUGGAGGAGAAAGCCGACAGUGUUAAAUCAUCAACUUCACCUGCUCCAUUAUCACCAACAAGAAAAGAAAGUAUUAUUACUGAUAAAGCUGAAAGCGUUAAAUCAUCAACCUCACCAGCACCUACAUCUCCUGUACGAAAAGAUAGUCUAACUAUUGAAAAAUUAGAUGAAAAAGCUGACAGCAUAAAAUCAUCAUCACCUGCUGCUCUAUCACCAGUCCGUAAGGCGAAUUUAGCUGCUGACAAAGCUGAUGAAAAGGCUGAAAGUAUCAAGUCAUCAACUUCUCCAACGCCAAUGUCUCCAACACGAAAAGAAAGUUCUGUCUCGCAAAUCGAACUUCCCUCUUCAACCACCAAAGACGUUCAAUUGAAGUCUCCAGAAUCUACACCUUCACCUAAACCAUCUUCACCAAAAGACACCUCUGCUCCGACAGACAAAGAAAUCAAGCCUGAAGCCCCAAAAGAUACUAGUCCAGGUCCAAAGUCUCCAGUUCAGAAAAAAGAAGAUUCACCAAUUGAAGACAAAGAUAAAUCUCCAGCUGAAAAAUCAAUUGACUCAAAAGGAGCUGAGGUAACCGAUCAUCAUGAUGUUAAAUCGCCAGCUCUUCCAACCACUUCACCAUCAUCAACAUCAGAAACUGAUGUUAGAAAAGAAUCAUUCUCAAAAUCACUUGAAAAAUCCAAAGACAUGGCUUCUACUGAAUCACUUGUAGGUUCAAAGAGAGAAGACAGUUUGGAUGAAGAUGAAGACCUGGGUCCAAUCAAGGAAAUCCCACCAAAGGACCGAUCUCGUUCCCAAAGUCUCUAUGAAACUGGUGAGAAGACACCACUAGGUAGAUCCAGAUCAGCUAGUCUAUACGAAGAAAAAGAUGAGCUGGCUACAAUGAAGCAAGACAUCCAUGACAUUCAAGAACACCUUGCUAAAUAUGAGGUAGAUCAUGAACUAAAGGGAGUUCAAUUGACUAAAUUAAAAGCAGACAUUGAAGAAUACAUCAUCGACCGAUUGGAGAGAAUCAAAAUAACUAAUGUCAAUCUAUUUGAAGACAUCGUAAUUUUCUUCCAGAUUCCAAAGCACAUUGCUUUGGAAAUAAUUGAAGAGAUCUGCAAGGAGAGACAUAUUGAUAUAAAUCAGGUUUUAUAUCAGAGUGAAGAGGAGGAACUAAAGUCUAGUCAUGCUGAAUCAAAAGAUAAUUUAUUGGCCAAUUUAUCAUCGGUAAAAAGAGUGAACAUCGAGAACCACAUCACUGAACACUACAUCAAACCAAAAGCUAAAAUGACUUCGGAGAUGAUUGAGAUGUUGGCUAAGUCCGAAGGUGUCCAGAGUGAUAUUAUUUAUGCGAUAAUCGAAUGUCUGAUUACAGAACGUAAAUUAGCCAGAGAGGCGUUGAUAGAAGAAGACAAAGAGGAAGAUGAUGGUCAGCAUGAAGUUGAUGAACCAGUUCUAAUUUCUGAAAAGAAGAGAAUGGAGGUUGAAUCUUAUGUUGUAGACAAAUACUUGAACCGACGAGUGAUGAUUACAUCUCAUGAUCUCAAUGAAAUGAUGAAGGUAACGUCAGUACCGCGAUACAUUCUGCUGGAGAUCAUUGAAGAAAUAAUUAAGAGGAUGAAGCUACCAAGAUCAUCAAUCUACGAUGAGGAGAUUUAUUCUGAAAUCGAGUAUAAGGAGCGCACUUUAGGUCACAUGUCUGGUAAAUCAACUCCUGAUGGUAAAUCAUCAGGAUAUUCAACUCCAGAAGUUCGGUCAUAUGAUGCUAAACAUGAAAGCCAGUUUCACAAAGCAUUCCUUGAUGGAAUAACUGAAAUUCGGACGACUCAUAUUACCACACUUUCUGGUAAAUCAACUCCAGACAUCGGUGCUGGGUCUGAUUCUUCUCAAGAUCUAAAAGCAGAAGUCAAGUCUACAAUAAUCCAAGAACAGUCUGAGCCUAUAAUCAUCAAGCAUACUAUUGUUCGUGAAGUAGAAGAGGAGGAAGAAGAGUCAUCAGGGCCAUCAACAACUUCUGUGAAACAAGUGAUUGUCAAGGAAGGUUCCCCAGAAUACGAAACUGUGAUUAAGACAACUGUAGUGAAACGAGAGAUCAUUGAGGAAGAUGAUCAGCCAAAAGAAGACGUGAAACAUGAUACCAAAGAGAUAAAAGAUAAAAUUCCAACGCAUAAGGAACAUUUAGAGAUGUUGAUGUCAGGUGAGAAAUCUGGAAGAUCAACUCCAGAUAAGAAGGAAGGAUCAGAAGGUCGUUCAAGUACAGCAACUCCUGAAGGAUUCCGUUCUGGUGAAGUCAUUAAGACAACUAUCACCACAACACGUACGAUGUCACAUGAUGGAGAGAUUAUUACUACAACGAAAGAAGUCACUGAGACAACGAAUGAACGAGGUGAAACGGUGGUGUUGGAAGAGAAGAUGGAUGUUAAAGUGGCUGAUCGUGGUCCAUUGACGAGUGAAUCAACAUUAGAACCAACUAAAUCAUCAGAAUCUCUUAAAACUCAUGGUCCAAGUGAUGAUGAACCUUUGAAUAUUGAUGAUGAAGCUGUUGGUUUCUCCGCUGAAGACAUGAGCAGUAGUUUCUAUGGCCAAUUACCAUCAGUUCCACCAACACGAAGUGAUGUACCAUCACUCAGUGGUGCUUCUGAUGAUUUUACAUUCAAGAAAGCAUCAUCGGAGAAGUUUGCCGACAUGGGUGACUAUGAUGUUGAUCGUGUGCUAAGAGAUUAUCAACCACCCAAGAAGGAUGAUGAUUCACAUAGUGAUGCUGGUAGCACUUCUUCUAAAGAUCCAAUCAAAGAUUGGGGUACACCAAUGAAAUUACCUCCACCUGAACGGCCUGAUAGAUUUAAUCUACGAACCGGGGCAUUAAUUCACACUGUUGAUAUAUCUCCAGACUCUCUUGACUUUGAUAUUAUUCAUGAUUGGGGUGAGCCAAUGAGAUUACCCUCUCCAGCACCUGUUAUCGAUGAAUCUAACAAAGUCGUACCAUCAACUCCAAAGAAAGAAGUUAGACAACCUAAAAAAGUAAUAUCUGAGAAUGUUAAAAAUAAAAAACGCUCUGAAAGUCCUGGAAAAACUGAUAAAAAAUCUAAAGACUCUAAAAAGAAAAUUCAACCAGUUUAUGUUGACCUAACCUAUGUACCUCAUCAUGGAAAUUCGUAUUACGCAUCCCUGGAAUUUUUCAAACGUGUUCGUGCUAGAUACUAUGUCUUCAGUGGUACAGAACCAAGUCGUGAUGUCUAUGAUGCGUUACUCAAUGCUAAGAAGACUUGGGAAAAUAAAGAUUUAGAAGUGACAAUGAUCCCAACCUAUGACACGGAUACCUUGGGCUACUGGGUAGCAGAUAACGAAGAAGCCCUGGCAAUCAACCGUAUUGAUCUCUCUCCAUCAGCCUCUCGUUGUACAAUUAAUCUCCAAGAUCACGAAACAAGCUGUAGCGCUUACCGGCUUGAAUUUUAGGCCAACACUUCAGCAUGUUCAGCCAUUCUAGUCGAAUUCUGAGUCAACUUUUAUCAAAAAAAAAAUCAAUCCAUUAUUAAUAUUCAUUUCAUCUCUUUAUUUAUUCCAUCAUCUGCAAUAUUAUUAAACAAAAAUAACUCAAGUAACACAAGGAAACGUCCUGAUUUUUAAAUAGAAUAACUAAUUAAUUAAUUAAUCAAUUAUCAAUUCACUACGUGAAACGGAUUGAAUAUUAAAAAUUUUUUUACAUAAUGCUGCUGUAGUAAUUAUUUUAUUUAUUAUUGGGCUAUGUGAGUAAAUUUGUGAUUCGGAUGUGAUGAUAUCCUUUCUAAGAAGGAUCAUUAUUAUGGAAGACAAAUUAUUAUUAUUAUAAUUAUUAAGUCAUCCUAAUACGCUUUAUUUUAUGUAAUUGAUAAAUAUUGUAGUUUUAAAAUUUUUUAAUAUUUAUAAUAGAAAUUUUAUGUAUUGUUUAAAUAUUAUUUUUUAAUAAUUACUAUUAUUUUGUUGCAUCUUUUGCUAUUUGAUCCAACGAUCAAGAAUAUUUAAAUAUUAAAUUAACACAUCAUUCUUAUCGGUCACUUGCUGCUUCUUUAAACAUUUAUUUAAUUAAUUAUUAAUUAAAGAAAAAUAAUUUGUGAUUUAUUAUUUAAAUGUUUUUAAAGUGAAAUUUUUUAUGGGCUUAAGAUUUUAGCUACUGGAUUGAUUGACCUACUAGGGUAAAAUAACCGUCAGACACAGAAAACAAUUUAUUAUUAAUUAUUAAUGAUAAUUAUUACUAAAUAUUAUUAACAAUUAAUUUGCAUUCUAUAAAAAGUUUCACUUUAAAUACCGUUAUUUUUUGAUUGACGCUUUUUUUUUUUUUUUUUAAAUAUAUUAGAAUUGAGGAAGCUAAUAAAAAAUAUAUUGAUAUGCUGAUAAAAAUUUAAACAUUGAUUAAAAUUAAGUGUGCUUCAAAAAAUGCCAUUCAGCUAAAAAAUAAACGAUAAAAUGUUUAAAUUUAUAUAUUAAAAAAAAAAAAAAACCAUACACAAUCUUUAUAAAAAAAAAUAUUAGCAUCUCACUGUUGAGUCCACUGUUUUCUUUUUUCAUAAAGGAAAAUUAAAAAAAAUAAAUAAAAUUAACAGACAACCCGUCCGUUUUACUUCGCUUUUAUCAACAUAAAUAAACAAAUGAUUCAAUGGCAAAAAAAAAGUAAUUCACAUUUCAAGUUAAUAAAUAUAUCUAUAAUGAAUUUAUUAAAUAAAAAUAAAAAAAAAAUACAGCGUUACUACAACUGGAAGCAAUUCAAUUUUUUAUACUUUACUUUCAUCAGUACUAGUUAUAAAAUAAUUAAAACAAUGGUCAAAUAGUUAUAAACAUUAAUUAAAUAAAAUGAAGAGGCUCAGGAGAAUGCCGACGUGAUAUCGAAAAUAUAAAAAAAAAAAAAAA